AUGGAGAAACUGAGACCAGCGUGGGCCGUUAAGGCGAUCAUCGUGAUCGUUUUCACUUCGAUCCUCUUCCGAUGCGUCUGCGGCGAGAAUCACACCGUCGGUGGAGCUUCCGGCUGGGAUCUCCGUUCCAAUAUCCAAGCCUGGUCUUCUACGACAACGUUUAACAUCGGUGACGAUCUCGUAUUCUCAUACACACCGGUGCACGACGUGGUGGAAGUGAACCAACUAGGUUACAACACGUGUACGAUAGCGAACGCGCUUGCCACAUACGACAACGGAGAAACCGUGAUCCACCUGAGCGACGCGAAAACGCGCUACUUUGUAUGCGGCCGAAUGCGCCAUUGCCAACAGGGCCUUAAACUCCAGGUCCAAAUUCUAGCCCAGUCCAAUAACGGAACCAGCGAUGAUCAAAACCAAAGCCCCGGCGCCGGCACCGGCACCGUCGGUUCUCCUCCGUCUCCUUCUCCUCCUCCGCCUCCGCCUCCGCCUCCGCCUCCGCCUCCGCCCCCGGUUUCUCCGCCGCCUCAUGGUGAUGAACAGCCACCUGCAGACGAGCCCGUACCGUGCGAUUGUAAUCGUGCGGAGGAGCGCCAUGGGGUGGUGCCGUUGAUUACACUCGUAAUCGUGGUCGCGUUGGCUCAUGCUCCUUUCUUCAUCGCAUUUCCACAUCUCCGUUUUCAUCUCAUGCGUUGA